AUGGUAUUAAUAACGUUAAAUAAGAAUAUCGUAUUAAAUUUAAUAUUAAAAAGAAGUCCCCUACUGAUCAGUGUUAGAAGUUAUGAGAUUCCUGAAAAAUUAAAAGAUGUAGCACAAGAUCCAAACCCGAGUUUUUAUAAAAUGGUCCAAUACUUCUAUCACUACGCCGUGAAAGUGUGUGAACCAAGUCUUGAAGAUUAUUUGAAAAAAUAUACACAUUUAUCAGACAAGAAACGUAAGCAGCGUGUUGCUGGCAUUUUAAAGGUUAUGGGUUCUUGCAACAGUUCUUUACAAUUUGAGUUUCCCUUACAACGCAAGAACGGAGACUACGAAAUCAUACACGCGUAUCGCUCGCAACAUAGCGUACAUCGGCUUCCUUGUAAAGGAGGUAUAAGAUUUUCUGACCAAGUUGAUCUUGAAGAGGUGAAAGCUCUAGCUGCACUUAUGACGUACAAAUGUGCUUGUUCCAAUAUCCCUUUUGGAGGCUCCAAAGGAGGUGUUGCGAUAAACCCAAAGAAAUAUACGGUGGCUGAAUUACAAAGAAUAACACGACGCUACACCCUAGAAUUAGCGAAGAAGCAUUACAUAGGUGCAGGAAUAGAUGUCCCAGCUCCUGAUGUUAACACAUCUGGAAGAGAAAUGUCCUGGAUAGUUGACACCUAUAUUAAAACGUUAGGUUAUAACGAUAUCAACGCAGCAGCAUGCGUAACUGGCAAACCCAUAAAUGGCGGAGGUAUUCGCGGACGAGUAGAAGCCACUGGACGUGGUGUAUUCAUAACAAUCAGUGAGUUCAUACACGACGAACAGUGGAUGAAACUUAUAGACCUGGAACCGGGGUUCAAGGGAAAGACUGCGAUAAUCCAAGGUUUCGGCAACGUGGGCAGUUGGGCAGGAGUCCACUUCCAGGAAAGUGGUGUGAAGGUCAUCGGAGUUUUGGAGUCUGACUGCAACCUGUUCAACCCUGUAGGGAUCAAGUGUAAGGAACUACAAGAGUACAAGGCAAAGCACCGUGGUAGUGCCAAAGGCUUUCAAGGCGCCAAGGAAUGUGGGCCUGAGCUGAUGUUUGAAAAUUGUGAUAUACUUGUCUUAGCUGCCCUUGAAAAAUCCAUCACACAUGAAAACGCCGGAAAACUCAAUUGCAAGAUAAUAGUGGAAGGCGCCAAUGGCCCAACAACUCCAGCAGCUGACGUCAUCCUCCGCGAGAAGAAGAUCCUGUGUCUUCCAGAUCUGCUCGCGAAUGCAGGAGGCGUAACUGUCUCAUACUUCGAGUAUCUCAAGAACAUCAACCACGUCAGCUUUGGAAAGUUGAGUAUUAAGUUUUGGAGGGACUCCAAUACUGCGCUUUUAGAUUCAGUGGAGAAAUCCCUUAAUAAUUCAAAUAUAGACGCAAAGAUCCAGGCAACACCAUUGUUCCAAUCUCUGAUGUCGGGUGCCAGCGAACACCACAUUGUAACAUCAGGACUGGAAUAUUCUAUGAUCAACGCUUGCAAUGACGUAAAACAAGCUGCGUCUACGCACAAUUUGGGUAUAGACGUGAGAACAGCCGCCUACAUAAACGCGAUUGAGAAGAUAUUUGUCACCUAUGACGAACAAGGAGUUGCUAUUUAA